GGACGGCGGCUGCGCGGUCGGGGCUCCAGUCGGGACGCACCUUCUCGCUCCCUCCCUCCACGGGCUGCGUGCGCCCGGUGGGCGUGGGAGGAGGCGGGGAAGCAGGGAGGGGGCGGGUGUCACGGGAGGGCAGAGCGAACCGGAGAGCGUCGUCCUGAGGAGUGAAGGCGGCAAAAUGGCGGACCGCUUCUCCCGCUUCAACGAGGACCGAGACUUUCAGGGUAAUCACUUUGAUCAAUAUGAAGAAGGACACUUGGAAAUUGAACAAGCAUCACUUGACAAGCCCAUAGAAUCGGAUAAUAUUGGACACCGCUUACUCCAGAAACAUGGGUGGAAGCUGGGCCAGGGAUUGGGAAAAUCUCUUCAGGGGAGAACAGACCCUAUUCCAAUCGUUGUCAAGUAUGAUGUCAUGGGCAUGGGUCGCAUGGAAAUGGAGCUGGAUUAUGCCGAAGAUGCUACUGAAAGGCGCCGUGUCCUAGAAGUGGAAAAAGAAGAUACAGAAGAGCUAAGACAAAAGUACAAGGAUUAUGUUGACAAAGAAAAGGCUAUUGCAAAAGCUUUGGAAGAUCUCAGAGCCAACUUCUACUGUGAACUCUGUGAUAAACAGUAUCAGAAACAUCAGGAAUUUGACAACCACAUCAACUCCUAUGAUCAUGCACAUAAGCAGAGAUUAAAAGAUCUCAAGCAGAGAGAGUUUGCCCGAAAUGUCUCUUCAAGAUCCCGCAAGGAUGAAAAGAAACAAGAAAAAGCCCUUCGGCGGCUCCAUGAGUUGGCAGAGCAAAGAAAACAAGCUGAAUGUGCACCUGGAAGUGGUCCCAUGUUCAGACCAACCACAGUUGCUGUAGAUGAAGAAGGUGGAGUUGAGGAUAAAGAAGAAUCAUCGACAAACAGUGGCAUAAGUACCAUUGCUUCUUGUGGCGUAGGAUCUGAAUUCUCCACAGAUAAAGGAGGCCCCUUCACUGCAGUACAGAUCACUAAUACCACUGGACUGGCACAGGCUCCUGGAUUAACCUCCCAAGGUAUUAGCUUUGGCAUUAAGAAUAAUAUGGGGACCCCACUACAAAAAUUGGGAGUGUCAUUUUCCUUUGCCAAGAAGGCUCCUGUCAAACUUGAAUCGAUAGCAUCAGUUUUCAAGGACCAUGCAGAAGAAGGGACCUCUGAAGAUGGAACAAAGCCUGAGGAGAAGGGUUCUGACCAAGGAGUGCAGAAGGUGGGUGACACUGAUGGGAGCGGUAAUCUUGAUGGUAAAAAGGAAGAUGAAGACCCUCAGGAUGGAGGGUCUCUUGCCUCAACACUGUCCAAGUUAAAAAAGAUGAAGCGAGAAGAGGGAACUGGAGGUACAGAGCCAGAGUAUUACCACUACAUCCCCCCAGCACACUGCAAAGUGAAGCCUAAUUUUCCUUUCUUACUUUUUAUGAGAGCCAGCGAACAAAUGGAAGGUGAUAACAGUUCACAGUCAAAGAACGCCCCAGAGAGCAAAAAAAGCAGUUCUCCUAAGCCGAAGGGUUGCAUUAAGGGGGCAGCAAGUCAAGGAGCAGAAAAGAGCAUCAGUGAAGUGUCUGAACAGCAGGAGACCCUUGUGGCUGAACCCUCAGAACCUGGAAGCAGAACUGAGACAAAGAAGGCCACAGGGGAUAUAAGUGAGCAAAGUUUAGAGAGUCAGAAGACUUCAGAGAGCCAAGCAUGUGACUCUAAUCCUUCUAAGGAAGCUUCUCAGGCCGCGCCAGCAGGAAAAGCAAGCCAGGAGGGACCCAAACACGCAACUGGCCCGUUCUUCCCAGUGUUGAGCAGAGAUGAAAGUACUGCCCUCCAGUGGCCAUCAGAACUAUUAAUUUUCACCAAGGCAGAACCCUCCAUUUCCUACAGUUGUAAUCCUUUGUACUUUGACUUUAAACUUUCAAGGAACAAAGAUGCUAGAGCUAAAGGGACAGAAAAGCCAAAGGAUAUAGGAGGUUCCUCAAAAGAUCCUCUCCAGAGCCUUGAUCCUGGAGAGCCAAAUAGAAGCAAGGAAGAGGAAGAGAAUGCAGUCCAUUCCUCAGAAGACAGAAUGGAUGAACCUGCUUCAGGAGCUGCCUGUAGCAGCCUGAGCAAGCAGGAGCCCGGGGGCAGCCAGGGAUCAGAGACUGAAGACACAGGAAGAAGCCAUCCUAGCAAGAAAGAACGAUCAGGCAAGUCCCACAGACACAAAAAGAAAAAGAAACACAAAAAAUCCAGUAAGCACAAACGGAAACACAAGGCUGACAUGGAAGAGAAAAGUAAGGCAGAGUCUGGGGAGAAAUCUAAGAAGCGCAAGAAGCGAAAACGGAAGAAGAAGUCAUCAGCCCCAGCUGAUUCUGAACGAGGACCCAAACCGGAACCUCCUGGGAGCGGCAGCCCUGCACCACCAAGAAGACGGCGUCGAGCUCAAGAUGAUUCCCAGCGGAGAUCCCUCCGUGCCGAAGAAGGGAGCAGUGGCAAGAAGGAUGAAGGGGGAGGCAGCAGCUCCCAAGAUCGUGGUGGGAGGAAGCACAAAGGGGAGCCUCCAGCUUCCUCCUGCCAGCGGAGGGCUGGCACCAAACAUAGCAGCCGGUCUCGCCAUCGGAGCCAGCCCAGUAGUGGAGAUGAGGAUAGCGACAAUGCUUCUUCACACAGACUGCACCAGAAGUCUCCGUCCCAGUAUAGUGAGGAGGAGGAAGAGGAAGAGGAGGAAGAGGAGGAGGAGGAGGAAGACUCAGGCAGUGAGCAUUCCCGUAGCCGCUCUCGAUCUGGCCGGCGCCACUCCUCACACCGUUCAUCCCGGCGUUCUUACUCUAGCAGCUCAGAUGCCUCUUCAGACCAAAGCUGCUAUAGUAGACAGCACAGUUACUCUGAUGAUAGCUACAGUGACUACAGUGACCGAUCACGAAGGCACUCCAAGCGCUCGCAUGACUCGGAUGACUCAGAUUAUGCCAGCUCCAAACACCGGUCAAAACGACGCAAAUACUCAUCAUCAGAUGACGACUAUAGCCUCAGUUGCAGCCAGUCCCGAAGCCGAUCUCGGAGUCAUACCAGGGAGCGCUCAAGAUCCCGGGGCCGAAGCCGCAGUAGCAGCUGUAGUCGAAGUCGGAGCAAGAGGAGAAGCCGCAGCACCACAGCCCACAGCUGGCAGCGAAGCCGCAGCUAUAGUCGGGACCGCAGUCGCAGCACCAGGAGCCCAUCCCAGAGAUCAGGCUCCAGAAAGGGAUCGUGGGGUCACGAGAGCCCCGAGGAGCGGCGUUCUGGUGGUCGGGACUUCAUUCGCUCAAAGAUCUACCGCUCUCAGUCUCCCCACUAUUUCCGAUCCGGUCGGGGAGAAGGUUCUGGAAAAAAAGAGGACGGCAGAGAUGACACUAAAGGAGCAGGCCCUCCCUCCCAGAAUAGCAAUACUGGCACAGGAAGGGGGUCAGAAAGUGACUGCAGCCCUGAAGAUAAGAACUCCAUCACUGCUAGACUGCUAUUAGAGAAGAUCCAGUCCAGGAAAGUGGAGAGGAAACCUAAUGUUUGUGAGGAGGUGCUGGCCACCCCUAAUAAGGCAGGGCUCAAGUAUAAGGACCCCCCACAAGGUUACUUCGGCCCCAAGCUACCCCCCUCGCUUGGUAAUAAGCCUGUCCUUCCACUGAUAGGCAAACUUCCAGCUACCCGAAAGCCCAACAAGAAAUGUGAAGAGUCUGGCUUGGAAAGAGGGGAGGAGCAAGAACAGUCAGAGCCAGAAGAAGGGACCCUAGGGAAUAGUGAUGCUCCAUUUGGACAUCAGUUCCCCUCAGAGGAAACAGCUGGCCCCUUAUCAGACCCACCCCUAGAAGAGCCAAAGUCUGAAGAAGCUACUGCUGAUCACUCUGUGGCUCCGCUAGGCACCCCAGCACACACUGACUGCUACCCUGGGGAUCCAGCCAUCUCCCAUAACUACCUCCCUGACCCCAGUGAUGGGGACACCCUAGAGUCCCUGGAUAGCAGCAGUCAACCAGGCCCUGUGGAAUCUAGCUUGCUGCCUAUAGCCCCAGACCUUGAGCACUUCCCCAAUUAUGCACCUCCGAGUGGGGAACCUAGUAUUGAAUCAACAGAUGGGACUGAGGAUGCUUCACUGGCACCCCUGGAGAGCCAGCCCAUCACCUUUACCCCCGAGGAGAUGGAAAAGUACAGCAAGCUCCAGCAGGCUGCACAGCAGCACAUUCAGCAGCAGCUUCUAGCCAAGCAAGUAAAGGCCUUUCCAGCCUCAGCAGCCCUGGCUCCAGCCACACCAGCCCUGCAGCCUAUCCACAUUCAGCAGCCAGCCACAGCCUCUGCCACCUCCAUCACAACAGUUCAGCAUGCCAUCUUACAACAUCAUGCUGCCGCUGCCGCUGCCGCCAUUGGCAUUCACCCUCACCCUCAUCCACAGCCACUUGCCCAAGUGCAUCAUAUUCCUCAGCCCCAUCUGACCCCUAUUUCCUUGUCUCAUCUCACCCACUCCAUCAUCCCUGGCCACCCUGCCACCUUUCUUGCUAGCCACCCUAUCCAUAUAAUUCCCGCUUCAGCCAUCCAUCCUGGGCCCUUCACCUUCCAUCCUGUCCCACAUGCUGCCCUCUACCCUACCCUGCUUGCUCCACGGCCUGCUGCAGCAGCUGCCACUGCCCUCCACCUUCACCCACUGCUUCACCCCAUCUUCUCAGGUCAGGACCUGCAGCACCCCCCCAGCCAUGGUACUUGAGUUGGGAGUUGUAAGCCUAAGUAGGGCCGGGAAGAUGAUCCUAAUUCUUCCCCUGGGGGUGUCGAGCCAUUUAUACCAGCAAAUAAAAGCUGGGAUUGGGCAGUGUCUUGACAGCCAAAGAAUUGAGUUUUGGCUUGCAGGGAUGGAUUUAGAUUUGAGGUUUGCUUUGGGUUUACUAUCAGGGAUUUUUUUUUUUCCUCCUUUCUAUUUUGUCUCCCUCCUGUGUUUCUAAGCUAGGAACACCAGUAAGUGCUACCCACUCUGCAGCAACAUCUCCAAACUGUCAAGUUCCAAUAUUUUCCCUCCUCCCUCUACUUUUUAAUCCUCUGCUCUUCCCCUCUAUAAAUUGUAAAACAUUUUCCUCCUCUGGUGGGUUGUCACCAAAGCACUUGCCAUGGGCCCAUCUGGUCCUGCCUUCUUAGUGCCACAAGGAAGGCCAAACUGUCUCUCCAGCGGUGAAUGCUCCACCACCUUCAGACAGUGUCUUUGACCAUCCCUUGGUAACAUGUUGUCCCAGGUGAGGUAGAAGACAGAGUCUGACCUAGAACCAAAAGCAACUCAGGCUGCAAUUUGAUCCACUUU